AUAUAUUAACAAUUCGAGCGAGAUACGAGAGGAAAACAUUUCAGCAAUAUCACCGGUCAUGGCGGCUCUAAGAUUUUUUCUCGUUUUGGCCAUUUUCUUUACACAAUGCAUGUGUCAGAAUAAUAUUUUAGAAAUGUACAUAAGAACAACCAUUAAUAAUGCUUUCAUGAACUGUCGUUCAAUGGUCAAUCCGGGACUUGCUGUGUCCGUAGUGAAAGAUGGAAAGGUCGUCUUCACCCAUGCACUCGGGGUCAAGAAUAGAAACGUUCCGAGUAUGCCGGUCACCACGAAUACCAUGUUUGGAAUAGGGGCACUUUCUCAGGCCUUUGCAAAUGUGUUGACCCUUGCUACUAUGAAUAGGAGCGAGAAGUUACGGCAAAAGGGCAUUGACACAACAUUAAGAGACUUAUUCAAUCACAAAGCACUUUUCAAACACUCAUACCUGCGAUCCAGAUAUGCCACACUUUUGGAUCUGAUGACGCACAGAAUGGGAUUCGAAAACCAUAAAUAUCUUCGUCUGGACAACUCUACGACACCAGAUCAACUCAUGGUGAGAGUGCACCAAAUUGAUCCCAAAGGAAGGUUCCGCGAUAGUUACUACUACAACGAUUUAAUGUAUGGAAUCAUUGCCAAACUGACCGAGGACAUCAGCGGCAGCCAGUGGGAGACUCUGGUCACCGCAGAGAUACUUAAUCGGCUCGGAAUGACAUCCACCAGCUUUUUCACAUCCCCAGCCUUUAAUCCGUUCUUACAGGACGUGGCCCAGGGAUACGUUAAAGACAACGCAGCUCUGUACCCCGUUUCAUAUGAGUUUUUAAAGGAAUGGACCCGGUUCUGUGGAGAUUCUUGUGUCUUAAGCAGUGCUAACGACAUGGCCAGGUUCAUGAUAUUCUUAUUAGGAAACGGAACUGCCCCAGGAUCAAUGAUACCUCUUGUUUCUGACGACGAAUUUUCAAACAUGUUUAAACCUUGGAACAGACUUCAAUCACCCAGCAUAGAAGAAUAUUUCUCAAAGGCACAGGGAGUACCGGUUUCCCGCACUCAUUCCGGCGUCGCUCUUGGUUUCAAAACUGGACAGUAUAGAGGCUGGAACAUUCUGGAACAGACCGGGGACCUGUUUGGCUACAGCACAAUGAUGACCCUGUUCCCACAAACAAAACUAGGAAUUUUCAUUGCCAUGACAGGCGAAGACGAUAAGGACUUUUUCCGGACUACCCUUAGUUCCUACAUUGCCGACAUAUACCACAAAGAAACACCCUGGUUGAAUUCUACCCUCCUCUGUGCAUUCCCACUUCCUUGGAAAGCAGCCCCUGUACCGAAACCAGAACCUGUGAUAACAGAAGUCCCUCUUACAAGACCAAUUAGCGAUUUCGUUGGACAGUAUGUAAAUAACUUAUACGGCACAGUAUAUGUUGUAGACAAUAUGGGACAACUCGAGUUACACUACGGAUUUGUAAAAUUUAUUUUAAAGCGAAAGGAAUCCUCGAAGCCAAGAUUUUACAUGAUUCCUACAGGAGCUGCAGAACAUCUAAUCGACAUAGACACGUUGAAAUUUAGCGAACAAAGAAUUACUAACCUUAUUGAUGGUGUCAAUAUAGACAAGUUUGAAGAUUCUGAUUUCAAAAAAGUGGGCGUACCCGCUCCUCCGAGCGUUCCCACAAUAUAAUUGGGCAGCCCACCGCCACGGCUUUAAAGAGACUAUGAUAUUGCUGAAAUUGUUGUUGAGAGUGAUUUAAUUAUAUGAAUAAAGUACAUGUUGUCAAUUUUACUUAACUAAAAAUGUGGGUUGUAAACAACUCUUUAAAAAAAAUAUGGAGAACAUAAGGAACAGUAUCUUUUAAAAGUGUUGUUUCUUUGGGUAUACUUUAACCAUAGGUAUUGGUUAAAAACAGGUCAAGGUUGCAUAAAAUGAUGAUACUGGAGUAUACAUAUAUGUAUCUGUAGUGUCCCGAUAAUUUCUAAUUGGGCGAGUUUUUUUUGGUUUUUUUAAUUUUUUUUUUUUAUUUUUUUUUUGGGGGGGGGGGCUCAAUAUGUGGAAAGCAGAUUGAUGGAUAAAACAUUUACCGAAUUGAGAAUGUAGUUGCAUGUAUCCAGUCAGUGUUUUGAAUCCACAAGUGGACAUCGAGACAGUUUCUGUGUUGAGGCUAAAAAAUUUGAUACUUAAAUCAAAUUUGUAUUUUUUUCAAUGGCACUGUCCACUUUGCAACAUACAUAGGAUUCCAUUGAUGAUAACUGUGUAAUGACAUCUAGAAUAAGAAUUGAAAUGAAUUUAUUGGACGAUGAUUAUCUUGUUUAAUGUGAAAUAAAAAUACCAGGUCACAACUAUAUUUCUACUGUUCCAAU